GCAGGGGCCCCGAGACAGGCACACGCACCAUGGGGCGCCUGGAGCUGGCUGUCUUAGGCCUCACCUGCUGCUUGGCAGUAGUGAGCACAGCAACGCUGGGCGUGGUGCACACGGAAGGGGGCUUCGUGGAGGGCGUCAACAAGAAGCUCGGCCUCUUCGGCAUCGGCGGCCGCUCCGUGGACAUCUUCAAGGGCAUCCCCUUCGCCGCCCCGCCCAAGGUCCUGGAGAACCCCCAGCCGCACCCCGGCUGGCAAGGGACCCUGAAGGCCAAGGACUUCAAGCAGCCAUGCCUGCAAGUCACUCUCGCCCAGGACGACACCGAGGGCUCUGAGGACUGCCUCUACCUCAACAUCUGGGUCCCCCAGGGCCAGAAGGAAGUUUCCCAGAACCUGCCUGUCAUGAUCUGGAUCUACGGUGGAGGCUUCUACGCCGGGUCCGCCGAAGGAGAAAGCUUCUUCAAUAACUAUGACCACGACGGGGAGGAGAUCGCUACGCGGGGCAACGUCAUUGUGGUCACCUUCAACUACCGCCUCGGGCCACUGGGCUUCCUCAGCACUGGCGACGCCAACCUGCCAGGUAACUACGGUCUUUGGGACCAGCACAUGGCCAUCGCGUGGGUGAAGAGGAACAUUGCGGCCUUCGGGGGGGACCCCAACAACAUCACCAUCUUUGGGGAAUCAGCCGGAGCUGCCAGCAUCUCUCUGCAGAUCCUCUCUCCCUACAACAAGGGCCUCAUCCGGCGAGCCAUCAGCCAGAGCGGCUCGGGAGUGGCCUCCUGGGCCAUCCAGAGGAACCCUCUCCACUGGGCCAAGCAGAUCGCCAAGAAGGUGGGCUGCCCCGUGGACGAUACCGCCAGGAUGGCCAAGUGUCUGAAGGCCACCGACCCCCGGGUCCUGACACGGGCCCAUAAGAUUAACCUUCUCGGCAAGGCAUCCGACGUGUUAGUCCUCGUCCCUGUCAUUGAUGGAGACUUUAUCCCUGAUGAGCCCAUCAACCUUUUUGCCAACGCGGCCGACAUUGACUACAUCGCUGGCACCAACAACAUGGAUGCCCACUUCCUUGUCAGAUUUUUCGUACCGGCCGUCGACAUUGACCUGCUGACCAUUAAGGGGAAGGACUUCUACAAGUUUGUCAGCUGGAUCACCAUUGCCAAGGGGCCCAGAGGUGCCAAUGCCACCUUCGACUUCUACACGGCGUCCUGGGCCCAGGACUCCUCCCAGCUGGCCAUGAGAAAGACGGUGGUGGACUUUGCGACCGACUACUUCUUCCUGAUGCCCACGAAGAUAGAUGUGGCCCAGCACAGAGCCAACGCCAAGAGUGCCCGGACCUAUACCUACCUGUUCUCCCACCGCUCUCGCAAACUAUUCUACCCAAGCUGGGUGGGCGCCGACCACGCCGAUGACGUCCCCUACGUGUUUGGGAGGCCCUUCGCCACCCCCCUGAACUACCGGGCCCAAGACAGGACUGUCUCCCAGACCAUGAUCGCCUACUGGACCAACUUUGCCAGAACUGGGGACCCCAACCAGGGCCACUCGGCUGUGCCCACCCAAUGGGAGCCCUACACCCAGGAAAACGGCAACUACCUGGAGAUUAACAACAAGAUGGACGGCCAGUCCAUGAAGCAGCACCUGAGGAGCAGCUACCUGCAGUACUGGACCCAGACCUACCAGGCACUGCCCACCGUGAACGGAGACGUGGCUGGUCCUGUGCCCGCCUUGGACGACUCUGAGGCCAUCCCCUGAGCCCCCCCUUGGUGACUCUGAGCAAGUCUGCCCCAG